AUGACCGCUCUAAGAGAACUUCGAUCUCCAAAACUUCCACGAGAGAUAAAUUUUGGCUGGCAGUAUAAUACCAGUACUAGGACAGGGUCCUGCAGCACCACUCAAUAUGCGAAUAGUUCCAGCCUUGUGCGCUCUUCCCGAUCAGGCAAUGGGAACGACCACACCUUUACGAUUGAGGAUAUAUCUGGUCAAGAUCCUAGAUACGAGGGUGAUGUGGAAGUGAUCGCCACAUACGAUUAUGAAGAAGCCGAGACUGCUCCUCCUUCUCAGUUUACAAAACCCAGAGAAGCAAGCGAGUCAGAGUUUGAUAUCUACGGAAACAGCAAAUGUCAGACAUGGGGGAAUAAAAGGACAUCGAGACAACUGUCCAGCGAACAAUCAGCCCCUGAUUGGGUCUCAGAACCUGAAAACAUAAAGUUUGUCGACCUCGAACAUGGUGUGACUGAAUUCACCCGGGUUAAAGCCUGUAAGCGAAGGCGGAGACAUGUAUACAGUGGCAAUGUUUCUGGUUUCCACACUGCUGAGAAACCAACUCUUGAGUGUGAUUCUUCUGCUCAUGCUCCAAGAGGUGCCAGCGAUUUGAAGACUUCUUUGUCCAACGAACAGGAGGAUAUGAUGGAUUUUUUGGAUAGAUUGGUUCCAAUGCCGAUAAGAACAUCGACUCGCCAGGCAGCGGUCAAGGCAAAUGAAGCGCUGCAUCAAGGUGCCAAAGCUGGGACAAAGAAGACGGCCGGCUCUAAACGGAAGGCGACCGAACAAGAUAAGGCCUCCAAACCGAAGCGCGAAAGAAAGGAGGAUGAAGUCACGACUGAUAUAGAGGAACCGAAGCCCGAAGGAGCUAAAGAACAACCACCAGCUACUAAGCAUGAAAAGGAAUCGGAAAUUAUCAAUGGCGAAGCUGAAGUGUCCAAAGAGAGGGUCGAUGGUAUGGAGGUAGAAAAUGGAGAGGAAGCUAAAGAGACAGGAACAGCAGAGCAAGAUAAAGCGCCAGACACGACGGAGAAGCCUAAAGAAGCGGAAAAGAAAGAUGAAAUUAAUGAACCAGAAAAUAUGACAGGAACUCCGGAGCCGGAAAAGAUCAAGGAAUUUAAAGCGCCUGAAGUGAUGGAACAACUUAAAGAACCAGAAAAGAUGGAGGGAAUCAAGAAGUCUGUCAGGGAGAUGGAAGCUAAAGAGCCUGUCAAGAGGGAAGAAGAACCCAGGGACGAACCCGAGGCUCCCACUCCCGCUGCUUCCGAAAAGCCGCAACCCAAUAAGGAGGAAGCUGCGGAACCUGAAACUAAAGAAAUACCUUCGGAACCCAACACUGGGAAGGCAGCGGGGGAGAGUAGUGACCUCCCAUCCAACGUCCUUGAGAAGGGAAUCAUCUAUUUCUUUUUCCGCGGCAAAGUGAGUGUAGAAGAGCCGGAAAGCAUUGAUGAGAUAGCACGAAGUUUUCAUCGUGCUGCGGCCGUUGCCCCCGCGACGCAAAAUUGGACGAAGGCCCUAUUGGCGUCGGUUUUUCCGAAAUCUAGCCGCGAUAAAUGUAUGGGUUUCGUUGAGAAAGGCCAUUCUUCGGCAAAAGAAAUUCGGGAUUCGUUUCAUGCCGCUGAGAAGGAGACGGUAAUGAAGGGGACAACUCACUCUCCAGCGGCAACUCCCGUUGCUGAAGGCGUGUAUGCGAUCACCACGAGGGAUCAUGCUGCGCACCUAGUGUACCACCUGACUAUUCCAUCGGAGCUAAGUGAGGUUCAGAAGAAUAUCGGUCUAAAGCCUUGUGGGAGUUUCAUUGCAAGUGCGAAAAAUCCUAAGUAUCCGGGAACAGCGCGGCUACCUAACCCUCCAGAAUAUCCACAGAAGGUUCGGGAAGAGUUUGGCGACUUGCGCUGGGUGCCGUUGCGGCCCGAAUUCCUCGAUUAUCCUAAUGCGCAGUUUCUUCUCAUUGGAGGAACCCAUCAUGAAUUGGGAACAGAAGAGGCUGGCAUGGAAAUUGAGACACUUGAGCAUGAGAAUGAAGUCCGGGUGUCUCCUCUGAGCUACGAUGAUGCUAUUUAUCAAGACUUAGGCAUGAACAGCAGGAAUUAUCCCAAAGUUGCAACGACUUGGGAAUGA